CUAUCUGUCAGAGCCAGUUCCUCCAUUUAAGAUGCUGACUUGUUUAUGUUGAAGGGACAAGUGAAUGACUUUAGUUAGCUCUUUCACUCUACUUUGAAGCUUGUUCGAGGCUUUUUCUCUCAGCAUGUUUGCUUUUUUGUAGGCGAUGGGAGCAUGAAGUCUGUUUUGUUGCUGAUUUGUGGUUGAUAGAUGUCUUCAGAUAGCAGAGAGAGAGGGAGGUUGAUCGACACACAGAGAGGUUUGAUAAGCAGGGUUUUAGGUGACUGUCGAUGAGUGGUAGGUGGGCAGCCCUCAGCCCCAGCAGCUUUCCGUCCUGUGCCCGUUCUAGCUGUCCUGGGCACAUAAACACUUAGAGGACACAGAGGAAGAGAAGGAGGAGGAGGAGGAGCAGGGUCAACCAUGGAGCUGUAGGGACAUGCUCAGAUGCCCGUGCGGAUCACCAGUGGAGGAGGAGUGCCGCUCAGGAGAAGAGCUCUGCGAUGAACAAGACCAAGAGGAAGUCCAGUGAGAGCAGGAACGUGGUCCAGCGGCGGAGGUAUACAUGUCCCAGUCCUCAGGACAUCACCCGCGCCCUGCAGAGCCCCAGCUCUGCUCCCAGCGCCAGUGCUGCCAGCCUGGAUGAGCUCAUACAGCGCUGCCUGAACUGCUUCGAUUCAGAGGGGAAGCUUUCCAGCCCCAGAGGGUCCCAGCUGGUCCACAUGACUCUCAUGAUGCACAGUUGGGUCGUGCCUUCUCAGAUGUUCGCCCAGAAACUUCUCACCCUUUAUAAAGAUUGUCCCUCAGACAAGAGAGGAGUGAGGCGGACACAGAUCUGCCACCUUAUCAGGCAGUGGAUCAGCCAGUUCCCAGCGGUAUUCGAGGCAGACCCCCUCCUGGAGCAGACAAUGGGGGACCUGUGGGAGCUGGUCCGGUCAGACGGAGAGGAGACGCACUCGCAGCUCAUCGACACUUCCUGCUUAAGCCCUCAUGUGAACAUAUUCCAGGCACCCUCACCCUCUGUGAAGAAGAGGAAGGUGUCUUUGAUCUUCGACCACAUGGAGCCAGAUGAGAUGGCCGAGCACCUCAGCUACCUGGAGUUUAAGAACUUCUGUAACGUUUCAUUCUUGGACUACCGCAGCUACGUGGUGCGAGGCUCAGUGAGGGACAACCCUGCUCUGGAGAGGUCAGUCAUGAUGUGUAACGGAGUCUCCCAGUGGGUCCAGCUGAUGAUCCUCAGCAGACACACGGCCCAGCAGAGAGCCCAGGUCUUCACUAAGUUCAUUCAUGUGGCUCAGAAACUUCGAGCUUUGCAAAACUUUAACACUCUAAUGGCAGUGACUGGAGGCCUCUGUCACAGCUCAAUCUCCCGCCUCAAAGACACCUCUAACCUGCUGCCUCCUGACAUCACUAAGGCCCUGAGUGAGAUGACAGAGCUGCUCUCCUCGCGGAGCAACUACAUCAACUACCGGCGGGUUUAUAACGAGUGCAGUGGCUUCAAGGUGCCCAUCCUUGGGGUCCACCUGAAGGAUCUGAUCUCGCUGAAUGAGGCCCUGCCGGACUACAUCGACGAUGACAAGAUCAACCUGAGCAAGCUGCAGCACCUGUACAGUAACAUCAAUGACCUGUUGGCCAUUCACACCUGCACGCCGCCCUUUGAGGCCAACAAGGACCUGCUCCAUCUGCUCACGCUCUCCUUAGAUUUAUACUACACUGAGGAUGAGAUAUAUGAACUUUCAUACACCAAGGAACCGAAGAACACCAAGAUCCAGCCUGUAGCUCCAGUUAAACCGCCUGCAGUGGCAGAGUGGGGUUCAGGGGUCACCCCCAGGCUCGACCCUGACACCAUAUCUAAACACGUCAAACAGAUGGUGGAUUCCAUAAUGAAAAAUUACGACCAGAACCAGGAUGGUUACAUUUCACUGGAGGACUUUGAGAAAAUAGCAGCCAACUUCCCCUUCUCCUUCUGCACUCAUGAAACUGACAGGGAGGGACAAAUCAGCCGUGAGGAAAUCACCUCUUACUUCAUGAGGGGAAUGUCUAUAUGUGCCAAGCUGGGCUUCAACUUCAAUGCACAUAACUUCCAUGAAACCACAUAUAAACGGCCAACGUUUUGUGAGACUUGUGGAGGCUUUCUGUGGGGAGUCAUCAAACAGGGCUACCAUUGUAAAGACUGUGGGAUAAACUGUCACAGACACUGUAGAGAUCUGGUGGGGAUGGAGUGCUUGAAGAAACACAAAAACACAACUGGGUCCUGUCCGUGCACUCCGGCACCUGACUCAAAAACCAAGGGCAACAGCUGGAGUUCAGAGGAGGAGACCUUUGUUUUCCCCCAAGGUGAAGAGACAGAAAAUAACCAGGGCACCCCUCCUUGGAAAAAUAACAGCGGUGAUUCAACGCUGUCGGACCGCUCCACUCAGACAGAUCCUGGAGUGUGGACGCCUGAGAAGAAGGACAAGAGGGGAAACCACCACAACUUACUCGUGCAUGCAUUUCCAGACAGAAGGGUCAACACACUGCCACACAGAGCCCGAGGCUGCUCCAUGCCUGUUUCCUUCUUGCAGGAGAAGAUGGAGGAGCUGCAUCUCUACAAAGACAAGAGCAGAGAGCCGGACUGAGCGCUCCAUCUUCUGACAUUUCCCCCUCAUGGACAAAAAACAUCCAGACACCACCAAGUCUCUGACAAAGCUGUGUCUGACUGGUGUUGAACUGAUGAGAUUUUACUGGCCAUUCACAUCAGAAUGCCAGGAAUUAUAUGUAUGGACUCCAUCCUGUUUUAAGUGUGGUUAUGAAACGCUUUUAUUAUUUUAUUUUUGUCAGUCUUGUUAGUUUGGCAAAGUGUUUAGGCUUCAAACAUCAAUUGUCCUUCUGUAAUUUAUGAACACCUCAUUUUGUUUCUAGAAUAGGUGCCUUGGUUCUCUGGUGCUAAGAUUCAACUCCAAUCCAUACAAUCAUUUAUGGCAACAGACAUAAGAUUUUCCUGAUCAUAUUUACAUAUAACAAAAUGCAGGGUGGGAAAUUAACACUAACCUUGUGGUGGCGAAAAGGCUGAGAAAUACUUGACCCUUAAGAUCAUGGUAGAAGCAACAACAAUUCUGGUCAAUUUCAACUUUGGCAGCUAUAUGAAAACUCUGCUCAUGAAUCUGGACAGUAAGGUGGCAAAACAUUUUUUAGACGACUAUUAGUUUGGCUUUGGGUGAUGUGAAGAUAUAUGCAUGAGACAAUUUAUCAACCAGUAGAUAUUCUUAUACCAUUCAUGGAGGUAUCUAUGCCUUUAAAGGGAUAGUUCAGAUCUUUUGACAUGGGGUUGUAUGAGGCACUUAUACAUAGUCAGUGUAUUACAUACAGUAGAUGUCAGUUAGCAAACUCUGUUUGGAGAGUUUCGCUCAAUUUAUUUGUUUGUAUUAUUGUGUGACUUUGCUGUAUAAUAGGGUUCAUUCAAAUUCACUUAGGUCAAACAAUAAAACUAACUGAUUGAGGCAGCGGUAGACCAGCAACUCUGUUCAGCAAGCCAAAAUGACUGUUUUUGACAAGAGCAUGGAUGGUAAAUGAAACCAUGUCAGCUUCCCCGUCAGAACAGGCUGUCUGGUGGCGAGGUUAAGUGCCGAAAUACUCCAAAUAUUGCAUACGCUUUAACUGUUUUUUUCAAGUGGGACUUUUUAUGGCCAAAAUACAGUUUCUUGUUUCCCCCAUCUACAGCAGUAUAUUGCUUCACUUCAGCGUUGGUACUUCAUCUCCAUCUACUGUAGGUAAUACAGUGAUGAGACAAGUACCUCACACAGCUCCAUUUAAAAAAAAUCCAAACUAUCCCUUUAAUAUUUCUAGUUAUAUUAGGCAACCAUUUUGCAAAUCACUGAAGCCUUCCUAAUGGUAAUAUUGGAUUAACUGAAUUUUUUACAUGCUUAACUACUUUCUCAUUUUCACCUGGUCAGAAAAUGUUUAUCAAUAUUUAGAUUGCUACCGCAAUGUAAAACUACAUAUUGUGAUAUCAGACUUUGUCCAUAUCACCAAACCGUUUAGUUAGUAAAUAGUGAAAAGAGGUGGUUAAGUCUGAUCCAUAAACAAAUGCAACAAGCAGUGGAGAAUGUUUAUUUCCUGCCCUGACUUUCAAAUUUCUCCAACAGUUCAUUCAAGGUUCAACAGGACUGCACUGGAAUUAUACGUAUGCUACAAAAUUGGCAGUUUUUUUUUAGCUAAAUGCUUCCUUGUUUUGUCCACAAUGUCAAUCUUGUUGAAAAUAAGAAAGAUACAAAUCACUCAGUAUGUGUUGUGUCUGACUUUACUUUCUGGCAGCAAACAAAAGAUAUUAACAUCUCCAGGCGUAUACAACUGCAUUUAUUGUAUAAAGACAAGACAGCUCAGGAUAACUGGUCAGAUUUUCAUUUUCAGGUAAAAAAAAAUGAGUUUGACAUCUGGAUUUAUCUACUGGACUCAAUGAACAGCAAUCACAACGGGAUAAAAAAAAAAAAAAACCUGCACAUACAUCUACUCAAAAGUGGCAAAAUAUUCUUCUCAAUCAAAGACUGGAUUAACGCUUAAAUACUACA